UUUGCUUUCUUCCGUGCCUCGAAGUGCACAAGGCACGGCAGCGGGCUGAAGCUGUGGCAGCGCGAGCGUGGGCGAGAGCGGGAGGAGGAGCGGCAGCGGAGGCGGAUGGAGCGGGAGCGGCCGGAGGAGACGGAGGGCCCGGGCAGUCGGACCCGGCGGAGCGGGGCCCAGGCACCUGCUACCCGCUGUACGCUUCCCUCCGGGUGCUGGCCACAGGAGAAAGCUCGAGGAUGGGCCAUUUUGGAUGGCGUACUGGGUCACCCUUGCAGCGUUCUGGUGGUUCACGUACUUCUUCGGCUUCAUCCUGAACCUUGUCCCCAUGAUGUUGUGCCGACGGAUGCAACCAAACCUCACGUACCUGAAGUGCGGGGCCCUGGUCUACCUCUAUUGCCCCUUCACGCGUGGGGUCGACAAGGUUGUCGACGCGGUCUUCAAGCCCUACGUUUUCCCACAGGUCUUUGGUGUGCCCUAUGUGAAGAAGGCGACGGCGCAGGAGUCCAACGGCGCCCCCACGAACAGCGAGGCGACGUUCCACGGCGGGGCCGACAACGCGGUGGCGCCCGACAACCUCGCGGCGCUGGACUGACGGCAAGCACACCAG